AUGACAGCAACCCGUAGCCUUUCACACGGAAGCUGGUCCGUAACUGCUAUCCAUGUGGAGUUCAGCCCGUUUGACGGCGAGCGGGUGGCGGUGGCGACAGCCCAGUACUUCGGCAUCGUUGGGAACGGGCGGUUGCACGUCUUCGGCAGACAUGCGGGAGACGUUGCGGACAGCUCGCCCGCCUGGCAGCAGCGAGAGCUGCGGAGCUUCGACACGCAGGCCGGGCUGUUCGACUGCGCGUGGAGCGAGUGCCAUCCCCACCAGAUGGCCACCGCGGGAGCAGAUGGCGUAGUUAAGCUUUGGGACCUAGGAGCUGCGGACGGAUUCCCGGUUGCCGACUGGAGAGAGCACACGCAAGAGGUGUCGGGCGUGGACUGGAAUCUGGUUUCGAAGGGCUUGUUCGCGUCAGCUUCUUGGGACGGCAGCGUGAAACUGUGGACACCAAGUGCGGGAGUAUCGUCGCAUACUUUUCGGGAUCACGGGCGGCACCCCGUUUACGGUGCUAUUUGGAGCCCGUUUAGCCCUGGCCAGCUGCUCUCUUUCUCCGGGGAUGGGACUGCGAGGGUGCUCGAUGUCAACAGCCCCGGUGCUGCGAUUGUGCUGGACGGACACGGGGGUGCGGAGGUCCUAGCGGGAGACUGGGACAAGUACAACCAUCCAGUGGUCGCCACGGGUUGCGCCGACGGGGCGGUGAAGACGUGGGACCUCCGUCAACCGAGUAGGGCGAUUCGUUUGGUCUCUUGUUGGUGCACGGUAAUGACAACGCUUCCACAGCUCUGCUGUACCCGCACGUCGCCGCAAAGUGUGCUGCCGGCGCCCACAAAGGCCGAUGCCCUUAGUGAAAUGGGUCUGGUGUGCCAAAAACCGCCCGUUCAAACGUCAAAGCCCUUCUUGGGGCUUGUCACAAACAGCGCGAACCGUAUUGAACAGGGGCAGGGGCAGGGGCAGGGGUCCCCGCGGCUGCUAGACCGGUGUGUGGGCCACACGGAGUUUGUCGCGGGGGUGGCGUUUUCGUUGUUCGAGCCGCGUUUGAUGGCUACCUGCGCGUGGGAUCGGCGGCUUUGCUUUUGGCGGUCGUUGUGA